AUGUUUUUGAGGUACUGUGUUGUUCCUGUUUCUCUUUUUCUUCCCAAAAAUUUUCAUCCUUUUCAAUUUCUAAACAACACUCAUUUCUAUUUCAUUCCUUCUUUUUCCUUAUCCUCUUCUUCAACUUCAACCAAUGAUGUUGAAAAUGCUGUUUCCAUGUUCAAUCACUUGCUCCAUAAGAAUUCCACUCCACCUGACAUCGAAUUCGGUAAGAUUUUAGGUUCUCUUGUCAAAUCCAAACAUUACCACAACGUUGUUUCCCUUUCUCAAAAAAUGGAAUUUGAGGGAAUCAAACUUGACUUAGUCAAUUGCAGCAUCCUCAUCAAUUCUUUCUGUCAAUUGGGUCACAUCCCUUUUGCUUUUUCUGUUUUGGCAAAGAUUCUCAAAAACGGUUACGAGCCAGAUACCAUAACCUUCACUACACUCAUCAAGGGUCUUUGUCUCAAAGGUGACAUCCAUCAAGCAUUGCACUUUCAUGAUAAGGUUAUUGCGAUGGGAUUUCAUUUGGACCAAGUUAGUUAUGGAACCUUGAUUAAUGGCUUGUGUAAAGUUGGUGAAACAAGAGCAGCCCUUGAAUUGCUCCGACGGGUUGAUGGAAAAUUGGUUCAGCUUGAUGCGGUAAUGUACAGUUCGAUUAUUGAUAGCAUGUGUAAAGAUAAACAUGUUAAUGAUGCUUUUGAUUUAUAUUCUGAAAUGGCUGCAAAGAGAAUUUCUCCUAAUGUUGUCACUUAUAGUGCUUUAAUUAGUGGAUUUUGCAUUGUUGGUAAAUUGAAAGAUGCAAUUGAUUUGUUUAAUAAAAUGAUAUUGGAAAACAUCAAUCCAAAUGUGUAUACCUUUAGUAUAUUGGUUGAUGGAUUUUGUAAGGAAGGAAGGGUGAAAGAAGCUAAAAAUGUGUUAGCUAUGAUGAUGAAACAAGGCAUUAAACCUGAUGUUGUUACUUACAGCUCUUUAAUGGAUGGAUAUUGUCUGGUAAAUGAAGUGAACAAGGCCGAGAGUAUAUUCAACACUAUGUCUCAUAGGGGAGUGACUGCUAAUGUUCAGAGCUACAGUAUCAUGAUUAAUGGAUUUUGUAAGAUUAAAAUGGUGGAUGAAGCCAUGAAACUUUUCAAAGAAAUGCAUCACAAACAAAUUUUUCCUGAUGUGAUAACUUAUAGUGCCCUUAUCGAUGGAUUGUGCAAAUCUGGAAGAAUAUCAUAUGCUUUGGAACUUGUCGAUGAGAUGCAUGAUCGAGGGCAACAACCUGAUAUAAUUACCUACAAUUCUAUAUUGGAUGCUUUAUGCAAAAAACAUCAUGUUGACAAAGCAAUUGCAUUAUUAACAAAAUUGAAAGGCCAAGGUAUUCGACCAGAUAUGAACACAUACACUAUUCUUGUCAAGGGAUUGUGCCGAAGUGGAAAAUUGGAGGAUGCACGAAAAGUUUUUGAAGAUCUUUUGGUCAAAGGCUACAAUCUUGAUGUCUAUGCAUAUACCGUUAUGAUCCAAGGGUUUUGUGACAAGGGCUUGUUUGACGAAGCGUUGGCCUUGCUGUCAAAAAUGGAAGAGAAUGGAUGCAUUCCAGAUGCUAAAACUUAUGAAAUAAUUAUCCUUUCUCUGUUCGAAAAAGAUGAAAAUGAUAUGGCAGAGAAACUUCUUCGUGAAAUGAUCAUGCGAGGUCUAUUGUAAGAUUGAAACUAUUUGAUAGCAUCAUUUCAUUUUAUGUACUUGCCUCUACUGGUG